GCGGGUCACCAAGUGGUGUAGUGUUUCUCUAAUUGAACUUCGCCCAAACAACAAUAAGUCGUUAGCAGUCGCUUUCUUCCCCUCUGUGUGUCCGAGAAAGCGGUUUUUUUACAUACUUUUUUUCUCUUCUUGCAGGAAUUCACCCCCUCUGUCCCUUUCUAAACAUCUACAUGGAUCCUGGCAGAGGAACUGGGACUCUCUGAGGGGGAAUACAGCGCAGCUGCCUCUGUAACUACGCCCGAAGCAUGGUUAUUCUGGAGGAAGGCUCUCAGGCGAGCUAAGAUCCAGAGCGUUCAAAUCCAGCGGAGGUUCUGCCAGAGCGCAGGGUGCGAGAAAAGCUUAACGGGACGUUUCCAUCCGCCUUUUGAAUGAAAUUACCAACUUUAGUGUGAGUGCAGCGAUUGUUCGGGACUGCGAUGACCUCUAGUAAAGACAUGAAAGCAGGGUCUGUGUUGCAGUCCAGCGGGGAGGAAAGGAGGCGAGCCCCCUUAGACCAGCUGCCGCCGCCAGCCAACUCCAACAAGCCCCUAACGCCGUUCAGCAUCGAGGAUAUUCUGAACAAACCCUCCGUGAAGAAAUCUGUGGCCAGCAUCUGUCCGCCCAGAGUUCUGGAGAAAGUUGCGGGCUCCAACUCGGCGCGGAACGGGAUCACCACUCCUUCCUCGCCGCUGUGCGCGCUGGAGGAGCUGGCCAGCAAAACUUUUAAGGGUCUGGAAGUCAGCGUGAUCCAGGCGGCAGAAGGUCGGGAGCAUCUAAACGCCUUCGGACAGCGGCAGACGUCAAAAAAGAGGAGAAAGUCGCGGACGGCCUUCACGAACCACCAGAUUUAUGAACUGGAGAAGAGGUUUUUGUACCAGAAGUAUCUUUCUCCAGCUGACCGUGACCAAAUCGCGCAGCAGCUGGGACUCUCCAACGCGCAGGUCAUCACCUGGUUUCAGAACCGUAGGGCCAAACUCAAGCGAGACCUGGAAGAGAUGAAAGCGGACGUCGAGUCGCUAAAGAAAAUCACCCCACAGACCCUCCAGAAGCUCGUCAGCAUGGAAAACCUGGAGGACGCGCAGGGUGGGGGCCCCGGGGCCAGGUCGCCCAGCGUCUCCCCGACCUCUCAAGGACACCGAGCCUUCCCACAGUCCCCCUCUUCAUCCAGAGACCAAACCACGGAUGAGUUCUCGGAGGAUGAUGAGGAGAUUGAGGUGGAUGAUUAGCAGAGGAGGGGGCUGAUUUUCAUAAACUCCAACAACAGGAAAAGAAGAAUAUUUCAGAGGGACAUUUUUUUCUUCCCAAACUUUUGCACGGAUAAAAGGAGAAUACACGCAUAUAUGAACAUCUUUGGAAAGUUUUCAUAUUUUAUUUCUUUUUAUUUUAUUUAUUAAUCGGACUUCGUGCUUUUUCACAAGAAUUCGGGAAUAUCCGGUUCCCCUUCGGUCAGAUCUUACCGGUGUAUCGGGAGAAGGAGCAGUGUGUAAACAUUUUAAAUGAUCUGAACCUCAAAGAGAGCAAAAAGUUGUGCAACUCAGAUGCAAUUUUAUAUAUAUUUUGUUCAGUUAAACGUCUCAAGAUCUGCCCCCAAAGUGUAAACUUAAACCCCGUUUGGUUUGAAUCCUGUCCCCAUCAUGUGCAGCUUUUAUUCUGGGCUCUUUGGAGGAGGGUAUCUCUGCAAGCAUGCAGGCCUACUGACCCUAACCCAGCCUCACGUCACGCGCUCUGACUUCUGUACAUAAAUCAAACAUCUUAUGCGAUAAUUUUAUUGUAACGUUCUAUUUAAUCAGCAUCUAUGUAAAUAAAGGUUAUAUGAUAUUUCUCA